AUGAGUGGGCCGGCAUCGCGGGCGUCAGUGAAGGGGCGAAGGAAUGCCUCCAGGGGGGCGGAGAGUGGCGGAAUGCCCUGGGUUGAGCAACAGCCGAACCUGGCUCGGCCCUGGCCGAACCAGACCGAACCAGCCGAUCAACCAGGCCGAACCUGGUUUGGGACUCACUCUCAUGGCUCCAAGGCGACUCACUCUCAUGGCUUCAAGGCGACUCACUCUCAUGGCUUCAAGGCGACUCACUCUCAUGGCUUCAAGGCGACUCACUCUCAUGGCUUCAAGGCGACUCACUCUCAUGGCUUCAAGGCGACUCACUCUCAUGGCUUCAAGGCGACUCACUCUCAUGGCUUCAAGGCGACUCACUCUCAUGGCUUCAAGGCGACUCACUCUCAUGGCUUCAAGGCGACUCACUCUCAUGGCUUCAAGGCGACUCACUCUCAUGGCUUCAAGGCGACUCACUCUCAUGGCUUCAAGGCGACUCACUCUCAUGGCUUCAAGGCGACUCACUCUCAUGGCUUCAAGGCGACUCACUCUCAUGGCUUCAAGGCGACUCACUCUCAUGGCUUCCAGGCGACUCACUCUCAUGGCUUCAAGGCGACUCACUCUCAUGGCUUCAAGGCGACUCACUCUCAUGGCUUCAAGACGACUCACUCUCAUGGCUUCAACGCGACUCACUCUCAUGGAUUCAAGGCGACUCACUCUCAUGGCUUCAAGGCGACUCACUCUCAUGGCUUCAAGGCGACUCACUCUCAUGGCUUCAAGGCGACUCACUCUCAUGGCUUCAAGGCGACUCACUCUCACGGCUUCAAGGCGACUCACUCUCACGGCUUCAAGGCGACUCACUCUCAUGGCUUCAAGGCGACUCACUCUCAUGGCUUCAAGGCGACUCACUCUCAUGGCUUCAAGGCGACUCACUCUCAUGGCUUCAAGGCGACUCACUCUCAUGGCUUCAAGGCGACUCACUCUCAUGGCUUCAAGGCGACUCACUCUCAUGGCUUCAAGGCGACUCACUCUCAUGGCUUCAAGGCGACUCACUCUCAUGGCUUCAAGGCGACUCACUCUCAUGGCUUCAAGGCGACUCACUCUCAUGGCUUCAAGGCGACUCACUCUCAUGGCUUCAAGGCGACUCACUCUCAUGGCUUCAAGGCGACUCACUCUCAUGGCUUCAAGGCGACUCACUCUCAUGGCUUCAAGGCGACUCACUCUCAUGGCUUCAAGGCGACUCACUCUCAUGGCUUCAAGGUGACUCACUCUCAUGGCUUCAAGGCGACUCACUCUCAUGGCUUCAAGGCGACUCACUCUCAUGGCUUCAAGGCGACUCACUCUCAUGGCUUCAAGGCGACUCACUCUCAUGGCUUCAAGGCGACUCACUCUCAUGGCUUCAAGGCGACUCACUCUCAUGGCUUCAAGGCGACUCACUCUCAUGGCUUCAAGGCGACUCACUCUCAUGGCUUCAAGGCGACUCACUCUCAUGGCUUCAAGGCGACUCACUCUCAUGGCUUCAAGGCGACUCACUCUCAUGGCUUCAAGGCGACUCACUCUCAUGGCUUCAAGGCGACUCACUCUCAUGGCUUCAAGGCGACUCACUCUCAUGGCUUCAAGGCGACUCACUCUCAUGGCUUCAAGGCGACUCACUCUCAUGGCUUCAAGGCGACUCACUCUCAUGGCUUCAAGGCGACUCACUCUCAUGGCUUCAAGGCGACUCACUCUCAUGGCUUCAAGGCGACUCACUCUCAUGGCUUCAAGGCGACUCACUCUCAUGGCUUCAAGGCGACUCACUCUCAUGGCUUCAAGGCGACUCACUCUCAUGGCUUCAAGGCGACUCACUCUCAUGGCUUCAAGGCGACUCACUCUCAUGGCUUCAAGGCGACUCACUCUCAUGGCUUCAAGGCGACUCACUCUCAUGGCUUCAAGGCGACUCACUCUCAUGGCUUCAAGGCGACUCACUCUCAUGGCUUCAAGGCGACUCACUCUCAUGGCUUCAAGGCGACUCACUCUCAUGGCUUCAAGGCGACUCACUCUCAUGGCUUCAAGGCGACUCACUCUCAUGGCUUCAAGGCGACUCACUCUCAUGGCUUCAAGGCGACUCACUCUCAUGGCUUCAAGGCGACUCACUCUCAUGGCUUCCAGGCGACUCACUCUCAUGGCUUCAAGGCGACUCACUCUCAUGGCUUCAAGGCGACUCACUCUCAUGGCUUCAAGGCGACUCACUCUCAUGGCUUCCAGGCGACUCACUCUCAUGGCUUCAAGGCGACUCACUCUCAUGGCUUCAAGGCGACUCACUCUCAUGGCUUCAAGGCGACUCACUCUCAUGGCUUCAAGGCGACUCACUCUCAUGGCUUCAAGGCGACUCACUCUCAUGGCUUCAAGGCGACUCACUCUCAUGGCUUCAAGGCGACUCACUCUCAUGGCUUCAAGGCGACUCACUCUCAUGGCUUCAAGGCGACUCACUCUCAUGGCUUCAAGGCGACUCACUCUCAUGGCUUCAAGGCGACUCACUCUCAUGGCUUCCAGGCGACUCACUCUCAUGGCUUCAAGGCGACUCACUCUCAUGGCUUCAAGGCGACUCACUCUCAUGGCUUCAAGGCGACUCACUCUCAUGGCUUCCAGGCGACUCACUCUCAUGGCUUCAAGGCGACUCACUCUCAUGGCUUCAAGGCGACUCACUCUCAUGGCUUCAAGGCGACUCACUCUCAUGGCUUCAAGGCGACUCACUCUCAUGGCUUCAAGGCGACUCACUCUCAUGGCUUCAAGGCGACUCACUCUCAUGGCUUCAAGGCGACUCACUCUCAUGGCUUCAAGGCGACUCACUCUCAUGGCUUCAAGGCGACUCACUCUCAUGGCUUCCAGGCGACUCACUCUCAUGUCUUCAAGGCGACUCACUCUCAUGGCUUCAAGGCGACUCACUCUCAUGGCUUCAAGGCGACUCACUCUCAUGGCUUCAAGGCGACUCACUCUCAUGGCUUCAAGGCGACUCACUCUCAUGGCUUCAAGGCGACUCACUCUCAUGGCUUCAAGGCGACUCACUCUCAUGGCUUCCAGGCGACUCACUCUCAUGGCUUCCAGGCGACUCACUCUCAUGGCUUCAAGGCGACUCACUCUCAUGGCUUCAAGUCGACUCACUCUCAUGGCUUCAAGGCGACUCACUCUCAUGGCUUCAAGGCGACUCACUCUCAUGGCUUCAAGGCGACUCACUCUCAUGGCUUCCAGGCGACUCACUCUCAUGGCUUCAAGGCGACUCACUCUCAUGGCUUCAAGGCGACUCACUCUCAUGGCUUCAAGGCGACUCACUCUCAUGGCUUCAAGGCGACUCACUCUCAUGGCUUCAAGGCGACUCACUCUCAUGGCUUCCAGGCGACUCACUCUCAUGGCUUCAAGGCGACUCACUCUCAUGGCUUCCAGGCGACUCACUCUCAUGGCUUCAAGGCGACUCACUCUCAUGGCUUCAAGGCGACUCACUCUCAUGGCUUCAAGGCGACUCACUCUCAUGGCUUCAAGGCGACUCACUCUCAUGGCUUCAAGGCGACUCACUCUCAUGGCUUCCAGGCGACUCACUCUCAUGGCUUCCAGGCGACUCACUCUCAUGGCUUCAAGGCGACUCACUCUCAUGGCUUCAAGGCGACUCACUCUCAUGGCUUCAAGGCGACUCACUCUCAUGGCUUCAAGGCGACUCACUCUCAUGGCUUCAAGGCGACUCACUCUCAUGGCUUCAAGGCGACUCACUCUCAUGGCUUCAAGGCGACUCACUCUCAUGGCUUCAAGGCGACUCACUCUCAUGGCUUCCAGGCGACUCACUCUCAUGGCUUCAAGGCGACUCACUCUCAUGGCUUCAAGGCGACUCACUCUCAUGGCUUCAAGGCGACUCACUCUCAUGGCUUCAAGGCGACUCACUCUCAUGGCUUCAAGGCGACACACUCUCAUGGCUUCAAGGCGACUCACUCUCAUGGCUUCAAGGCGACUCACUCUCAUGGCUUCAAGGCGACUCACUCUCAUGGCUUCAAGGCGACUCACUCUCAUGGCUUCCAGGCGACUCACUCUCAUGGCUUCAAGGCGACUCACUCUCAUGGCUUCAAGGCGACUCACUCUCAUGGCUUCAAGGCGACUCACUCUCAUGGCUUCAAGGCGACUCACUCUCAUGGCUUCCAGGCGACUCACUCUCAUGGCUUCAAGGCGACUCACUCUCAUGGCUUCAAGGCGACUCACUCUCAUGGCUUCAAGGCGACUCACUCUCAUGGCUUCCAGGCGACUCACUCUCAUGGCUUCAAGGCGACUCACUCUCAUGGCUUCAAGGCGACUCACUCUCAUGGCUUCAAGGCGACUCACUCUCAUGGCUUCAAGGCGACUCACUCUCAUGGCUUCAAGGCGACUCACUCUCAUGGCUUCAAGGCGACUCACUCUCAUGGCUUCAAGGCGACUCACUCUCAUGGCUUCAAGGCGACUCACUCUCAUGGCUUCCAGGCGACUCACUCUCAUGGCUUCAAGGCGACUCACUCUCAUGGCUUCAAGGCGACUCACUCUCAUGGCUUCAAGGCGACUCACUCUCAUGGCUUCCAGGCGACUCACUCUCAUGGCUUCCAGGCGACUCACUCUCAUGGCUUCAAGGCGACUCACUCUCAUGGCUUCAAGGCGACUCACUCUCAUGGCUUCAAGGCGACUCACUCUCAUGGCUUCAAGGCGACUCACUCUCAUGGCUUCAAGGCGACUCACUCUCAUGGCUUCAAGGCGACUCACUCUCAUGGCUUCAAGGCGACUCACUCUCAUGGCUUCAAGGCGACUCACUCUCAUGGCUUCAAGGCGACUCACUCUCAUGGCUUCAAGGCGACUCACUCUCAUGGCUUCAAGGCGACUCACUCUCAUGGCUUUAAGGCGACUCACUCUCAUGGCUUCAAGGCGACUCACUCUCAUGGCUUCAAGGCGACUCACUCUCAUGGCUUCCAGGCGACUCACUCUCAUGGCUUCCAGGCGACUCACUCUCAUGGCUUCAAGGCGACUCACUCUCAUGGCUUCAAGGCGACUCACUCUCAUGGCUUCAAGGCGACUCACUCUCAUGGCUUCAAGGCGACUCACUCUCAUGGCUUCAAGGCGACUCACUCUCAUGGCUUCAAGGCGACUCACUCUCAUGGCUUCAAGGCGACUCACUCUCAUGGCUUCAAGGCGACUCACUCUCAUGGCUUCAAGGCGACUCACUCUCAUGGCUUCCAGGCGACUCACUCUCAUGGCUUCAAGGCGACUCACUCUCAUGGCUUCCAGGCGACUCACUCUCAUGGCUUCCAGGCGACUCACUCUCAUGGCUUCAAGGCGACUCACUCUCAUGGCUUCAAGGCGACUCACUCUCAUGGCUUCAAGGCGACUCACUCUCAUGGCUUCAAGGCGACCCCCUCACUCCUCCCAUCGCCCGCGCGACGUCGCUGA